CUCCGUCUGUCUGUUCAGCUCUCAGAGUGAACCCACGCUGUAAGGUCAUUAAAGCAGUAAGUUGUUUUGAUAAUUUCAGCGAACUUGUUGGAUUUUCGUGAUGUUAACAACCUAAGUUAUCUCUCAUACCUGUUGGACUUUUUGCUCUACCCGUGGCAUACAGCAUACAUGUGUCAUUUUGUUUUAAAGAAGCGGGGGAAAACACAUGUUUAAUUUAUGCCACAAAAAUAACAUUUACCAGCCUCUGCUGGUAACGUGUAAGCUGAGAUAGGCCAGUGAUAGUAACAUUGGAGCCAUGUUUCAUCAGCUGGGGAAGAGUCACCACCGUGUCCUUAAAAGUGGGAAUAGAUAGUUUAGUAGAAGAGAGGGCAGCUGUGAACCACUCAUUCAGUUAUAAAUGAGCUCUGAGGUUUUAGAUUGGCACGCAUCGAGACCACACAAGGCUUAAAAGACAGGACUGAACUUGCUUUUGGUAAACCGCAGGUAAAGUCUGCUUUUCUUCUCCACAGGAUCCACUUUUUUGAGCUUUUCUUAAUUCAAAUGUAAUGAUUUUGUCCACAUAGAAACCAAUUCUGAGGGCUAUUGUUAUUAAUUGCAUGCAUGUAGUCUCAGCUAACCCACUGUUGAAUGAGCACUAUGUUUUAACGUCAAAUGCAGACGGGAUGGCAGUGCUGUAAGAGAGCUGCAACCCAAGCAGGACACUUUUGGAGCCAGUGACCCGUGGCAAACCAACCAAGCUAAUCUAACCUUGACUUUUCUGGUCAUUGAUUCUAGUGGUCAACAAUUUCCUUUGUGGAUAAUAAUUCUAGUAGUCAAAUUAUAGAAGGAAAUUAAAUAAAGUUAGUAGGACAAGGUUGAAAUGAUUUGGAUGUGUGCCAAGGACAUGCCAGACAAAGGAUGUUGAAUAUAGAGCAACCAAGCGGGAAUGAAAGAGGAAGACCUUAGAGGAGACUCAUGGAUGUAGUGAAGGAGGGAUAAGGUGAGGUGGAGGUACAUGCACACAGCGUGGAGAAGAAGAUCAUUUGGAUUUUAGAAAAGGUAGCUGAGAGGAGGGGAGACCUUUUCUGACCUACCAUGGCUCCACAUCCAGUAGUCCAGGCCAUCAUUGAUCUCUCUGCAGGAGCCACAGGGGGAGCUGCGUGCGUCUUCAGCGGGCAACCUCUAGACACAGUAAAGGUCAAAAUGCAGACCUUUCCUAAGCUGUACCGCGGUUUCAUCCACUGCUUCGUGUCUACCUACAAACAAGUGGGUCUGCGUGGGCUCUACCAGGGCACUACUCCGGCGCUGAUGGCCAAUAUCGCCGAAAACGCCGUGCUCUUCAUGAGUUACGGCUUCUGUCAGCAGGUCAUCCGCUUCACAGCCGGCCUGCACAGCGAGGCUGUGCUGAGUGACGUGCAGAAAGCCUGUGCUGGCUCAGUAGCGUCCAUCUUCUCAUCGCUGGUGCUCUGCCCCACUGAGCUUGUCAAGUGCCGACUACAAGCCAUGCAUGAAAUGGCAUCAUCAGGCAAGAUUGCCAGUAGCCAGAACACUGUGUGGUCAGUGGUGAAAUUCAUCAUAAGGAAUGAGGGACCACUGGGCUUCUUCCAGGGUCUGACCACCACUAUAGCCAGAGAGGUCCCCGGUUACUUCUGCUUCUUCGGUGCCUACGAACUCUGCCGCACAACUUUUGCAGACUACAUGAAAUGUGGCAAGGAUGACAUAGGUGUGGCUCCAAUUGUGUUCAGCGGGGGUUUUGGAGGGGCGUGUCUGUGGCUGGUGGUCUACCCUAUGGAUUGCGUCAAAUCUCGUAUUCAAGUCAUGUCUAUGAUGGGCAAACAGGCGGGCUUUUUCAAGACCUUCAUGACCAUCACUCGCACUGAAGGUGUGAGGGCGCUCUACUCUGGUCUUACCCCCACCAUGAUCCGCACCUUCCCUGCUAAUGGAGCUCUGUUUCUGGGUUACGAGGCCAGCCGGAAGCUCAUGAUGAAGCAGUUUGACAGCUAAAACGGUCCACAUCCUUAACACAAAUGAAGAAACGGCGAACUGAAAGUGAAGUAUUAUAGCCAAAUGACCUUAUACGUGGGCUCUGAAAACUGCCACACUCCAUCUCCUUUGAGACUGAAGCAACUCGCUUUUGACUCAGCGUUUACAUCACAGUAUUACUCUGGUUCUUACAUAGAAUAAUUUUAUAGUUUUUUAAUACUUCGGUGGGAAAAAUACAGUCACCUGCCACUUUGUUAGGUACACCUGUUCUGCCGCUCAUUAACCAGCCAAUCACAUUCAUAGUUCAGCAUCAGAAUGGGGAAGGCGCGUGAUUUUGGUAAGUGUGAACAUGGUGUGGUUGUUGGAGUAUUUCAGAAACUGAGCUGAUCUGCUGGGAUUUCAGUAGCAGGAACUAGCAAGGUGUACCUAAUAAAAUGUCUAAGCAUAGCACAGUAUUGAGCAAACAGCCUCUUUAUGAGGAACUGCCAGCACUUCCGUUUAUUAUUUUACCUCUACCUCAACAAGGUCAUCGUCACACGUAACGAUUCUUUCACACGGGAUCGGUUACCUGAUUAAAGAGGAGAGUUGUUGUGAAAGCCCCCUGUGGUCAUACAAGCAACACUCGGGGCUCUUAUCCACUCCACAUGCACUACUUGAAGGCACAAAUACAUUCCUGUCUCUUCAAGUUGUGCAGAGACAUGAAUAAAAUGACUCUUUUAGGUUUUGAGAUUAUAUUUAGGGCAAAACUUAAUAUGACUAUGUAAAGAUAAUAAAGUGGCAUAUGCUAUUUCAUUAAAUUUUAUUAACUCAUUAUAGAAUCAUUGGCAGCAAUGUGGACACCUUAAUUUGGGAUCUCACCUGGGUUUGUCUGUCUGGGUAGUUUUGCUCAUAAAUUCUGCUGCUUUCAGAAGGAACAUCGAUUUGUUUUAAAUCAUAGGCUGAUUAUUCUUUGUCAUGGUUGCCAUACUGUACUCCACUCUGUGCUGUGAUUCUUCAGUAUGUUGAGACCCAGCAUUAAUCUUUUUUUGUGUGUGUAACCUUUGCCUGAUUAUGUGCCAUUUCCCAUAUGUUUUCCCCUUUCAAUGCUGAGUUUGCAGUUCAGAAUUCUCAAUCCUGUUCUCUUCAGUUUUAUACAGAAGUGUAGAUAUUUUAUCCUGGAAAUGCUAACAAAAGAUGGAGAACUGUUUGUACAUCAAACCUGAUAUUUAUUGUACUAAUGCAGCCUACAUUAAAAGUAAGAUUUAUUUUAUUUUCCUUUGACUGUAAUUACUGUAUUACUUUGACUGUAAAGCACAAUUAUUCAAACGUCACAUACAACAAAAUGCAGUACUGAAACUGUAGCUGCAGUGCUUUAAACCAGUUUA